GCUCGCGUCGCCGCUGGGCGCUCCGCCGUGUCUCAUGCUCUUGUUCUCUCUGUCAGGGUGGCAAAUUCCAUCCGGAGGGUGUUCAUCGCCGAAGUACCCAUUAUAGCCAUCGACUGGGUCCAAAUAGAUGCCAACUCCUCUGUGCUCCACGACGAGUUCAUCGCACACAGACUGGGCCUGAUCCCGCUCACCAGCGAUGACAUCGUGGAUAAGAUGCAGUAUUCCAGAGACUGCACAUGUGAUGAGUUUUGUCCAGAGUGUUCUGUGGAGUUUACCCUGGAUGUCCGGUGCAAUGAAGACCAGACUCGUCAUGUCACAUCGCGUGAUCUCAUCUCCAACAACCCCCGCGUUAUACCGGUGACGUCUCGGAGCAGAGACAACGACCCCAAUGACUACGUGGAGCAGGAUGAUAUCCUCAUCGUGAAGCUGCGGAAGGGCCAGGAGCUGCGGCUGCGAGCGUACGCCAAGAAGGGCUUUGGCAAGGAGCACGCCAAGUGGAACCCCACGGCCGGCGUGGCCUUCGAGUACGACCCGGACAACGCGCUGAGGCACACGGUGUACCCCAAGCCCGAGGAGUGGCCCAAGAGCGAAUACUCCGAGAUCGAUGAAGAAGAUGCUCAGGCUCCCUAUGAUCCUAAUGGGAAGCCAGAGAGGUUUUACUACAACGUGGAGUCCUGCGGUUCUCUUCGCCCGGAGACCAUCGUCCUGUCUGCGCUCUCUGGCCUCAAGAAGAAACUGAGCGACCUCCAGACCCAGCUGAGCCACGAGAUUCAGAGCGACGUCCUCACUAUAAACUGAGGUGGCCCCUUGGCAGGAGACUGUCCAGGCAGGGGUGAUGCAGAAGGUUCCUGCCUCUGCCUGGCAGCAGCCUGGGCAAAGCUGCACCUGCCUGGCCUGAGGCUUUUGCCUCCCUGUCUCCUUCUGUCCUUCCUGACCUGGCUCUGCUGCUCAGCAACACCCCUUCCCUUACGCUC